AUGGGGGACUGGGAAGAGGUCAUGUUCCGGUUCAGUGACGUCAGUACCAUCCGGGUUAUUUACAACAGGAAGGCGGGCGCUCCAAAUAAGGACAAAACAGACUUUGACAAGUUCUUAAUGGGGACAACUUACAAUACGGUCAAGAACAUCCACGGGUUUUACAAGUACAGCCCGGCAGAUCACAAUAAGAGGAAUCCCUCUUCUGGUUUUGCCACAAUAUCCAACUUGUACUACUAUUUAAGUGGCGGAAUAUCUGAAGGUCAUGUCGGCUCAGACAAGUGGAUUGACAUGUGGCAUAGUGCCGAAAGCUCAAACAACUACGUCACUUCCGACGACAGCCGCGCGCGUGGUACCAAGUGUAUCGCGGGCUACUGUUAUCUGAACAAACCAAUCUGGGUAAUGGUGCGAUAGGAACAAACUAUUGUUGAAAACAAAGAAAAGGUGCUGUUUAGUUUCUUUAAGGUGUAGGGAUUUAAGAAAAAAUGCUGUUUUGCGAAAGCUAACUAAACUGCGUUGUCUUAUUAAUAAGAGCUAAUCAGAAGACUUGAUACUAAUGUCGAUCAUUAUAAAGGAUUACCAUAAUCUCGGUGUGGCUGCUUCGAAUAAAUAUUUUUAAAGAUACAGAUAUACGGGUUGUCUUUUUAAUUGCGUUCUCUAUUAGCUUAUAUCUUCUGUCUCUCGUAAAGUGCCUUCUGAUUUUAACAUUCUCGGUAUCUUUAACCCUCUUGAUAAGUUGUGGAAAUGCACAGCACUUCGCUAACCUCAAUUUUAUGUUGUUGCCCUUUUCUUGUUUGUAAUUGAGCGAAAAUACUUAUUCGUUAUACUUCUGUUUCUGUUUUGUUCCACCUUUUUCCCGACCGAGUGAUAUCGCGUCAUGAAACUUAGAAAGCCAGUUGCUAAGUUUUAGUCUUUAACGUUUGUUUAUUUAAAGUCUGAAAAUAGCCAAAGAUAUUUUAUUGGCAACUCAUUCAUAGUAUGAAAUGAUUGGCAUGAGGGACAAUUCCCUAAAACACUGAUUGGUGCAGGAAUACAGCAAUGCUGUGAUCUGAUUAGUGCGAGAGACACACUCUAAAGAACAAUCUGAUUGGUGCGAGAGAUAUACUUUAGUAAGCAAUCUGAUUCGCGCGAGCAAUAUACCACUCUGUGGGAAAAAAAUCUUAAAGAAGAUGGCAGCUGGGAAGAAGUCUCUGAAUCCAGUUGAUCAUAUGAAUGCAACCCAAACCAAUUAAAGGCCAAAAGCGACGGAAGAGAAAAUCUGGGUUGAGUUAGCAAAAUGGCGGCUGAGUGCAACCCAAACCAAUUAAAGGCCAAAAGCGACGGAAGAGAAAAUCUGGGUUGAGUUAACAAAAUGGCGGCUGAGGCGAUGUAUAAUUGAAACCGACUUCAAGUAAAUCUCUAAAGCUAAAUAAUACUACUGCGAGGAGAAUCUCUAAAGAGUAGUGAUAGAAGAAAAAUGACACUUUUCAGCGGGAAUUGUGUUCACGUGACAAGUCACAGCAAUGUUAAUGUUCCACGAUAAACCGUGAUCUAAGACCCCCAUCCUCGAAUUAGAAAAGAUAAGGCAAUUAUAAGAGUUCGAGAACGAAAGGCACCAGUACGCUGCCAUUUAAAAAGUGUUGCGAGGCGUUUCUAUGUUACUGCCCUAAGAGCCCUUGCGCGCAACGGUGACUCGUCAAUUCUAGAGGGACUGAUGCCGGCAAAUCGAUUCUAAAUGAACUAGCGUGACCUGUACGUCACGCUAUCCUUAUCAAAAACUGUCGAAUAGCACAAAUCCUUCCUUCAGUGACACCAGGGGCAUGAGCUCUUCAUACAUUUAUGCAAACAGUAAUGUACAUCGUGAGUUUUUGUGGAAAUAUACUGACAAAACCAAAUUGGCUUUGAGAGAUAUCGCCGAUAAAAUGCGCCGUUCAAAAUAAGAGGUUGGUGUAUGACAAGCGAAAAAGCAGACCACGAAAACAAACAAGCAAGAAACGAUCAUAACAAAUUGUCUGAACCGCUCUCAUGCCGUUUUUUCUCGUUCUGAUGAAAUGCAAAUAUUCAACUAACUUAAAAUGCUCGUGUCUUGAAACUCUGUUUUUAUUCAAAAGAAACUUUCAGGAAAAGAAGAGGAAGCCAAGAUGUUUCGAUUAUUUCGUGCCCUAAGCUUCGUUUUUAUCCUGGGUACCUUUGCAGUCUCAAAGAACCAAUUUGUAAGUGGGAAUUUUUUGUUAGUGAAUACGAAGGCAUAUCGUCCUUUGUGGAUGAACACAUGUUAUUAAAUAUUCAUGCUGAACCCGGCAAGUUUAUUGCUUAAACUCGUGCGCUACACAGUUUAGAGUCGUACCACGGUAUUCGAGAUCUCCCUUUUUUCAGGGCUCGAAGAAUGGAACACAGCAAAUUCAGUGUGGAAAGUCUGUUUUGAAGGACAGUUGUUCCUGCCGCGACGGUAUGAACGUAUCACAACUUGCUGAGUUUGAUAUUGUGCCCAAGUGGAACUUUCUAUUUCUUUAUAUUUCAUAUUUUUCUUUUACAUUAACGACCCUUUUUCACGCUUGUCUUUUCAGGGAGAGACGGCAGAGAUGGUCAAAACGGUAUGGAAUAACCGAGAAAAAUAUUGGAUAGUUAAGUCGCACUUUAAAGUUUUUUUUUGUAAUAAACACUAAAUAACUGGGUGAGAGCGUUCUGCCAGCAAUGCAUAGUCAAGAACAGAGUGCGCUUGUAAACGGCUAGAUAUCUCCAAAAGGAUGGUUGAAAUGCUAAAAUGUCCCUCGAAAAUAUCUUAUGCUUCAUGAAAGUCACUCGUAUUUUCUUGUCUUUGAUUGAAGGAAAAGAUGGCCGCGAUGGACGCGACGGGAAAAUGGGAAUAAAGGUUGGUGUAAAGAUAUGACCAAAGAAAUGAAUGACAAACGCCACAACCCAAAAUAGAAAAAAAGGAAAGACAGAUAAAGAGAAUGUUCUUUCAAAUCACAAACCACUUUCAAACUAAAGGAAUAUUGUUUACAGAAUUCCGAAUUCGAGUUGAAUCAUAUGCAUAUUUUGGGCAAAUUUACCGGUGAGCUUAAUUUUAUUUGUAGAGACUGAAACAGACUCCUCACGAGUUACAUAGACGUUAUUUGAGCUAAAAGUGAAGUAAUAAGAUUGCUGAGUAUUAUAAAUACAUAUCCUUGAAAUUUUGACGAUUCUCUGUCCUCGUGUUGAAUUAUUUUCUACAAAUCAAAAGCGACAGUAAGAAAAGUGUCUAAACUUCAAUUUUCUUAAAGCGUCACCUAGUACAUGUAUAGCAUUUUAAAUAUACCUUUUUUAAUAAUAUAUUUUGGGAUGAAAAAGGCCAACAAGGUCUCUGUAAAGAAAGUGUAGGAAAAAUGCUGUCAAGUUGCGUGACUCACUUGAUUUUUAUCUCCAAAGCUGACAAUUUUUUUGUAUCAUUGAUUAGUAAUUAUUAUCUCAGUCACAAGUUUUAACGAAAAGUUUCUUCUUUUCAGGGAGAUAAAGGACAACGAGGACCGAAGGGAAAUGACGGGAUGAACGGCUUAAAGGUUGGUGUUUAAAUUUCUUACAAACUUAACUUCAAAACCACAAAAAGGACAAAAUAAUAGAACUUAUUUGUAGAAGCAACAAGAAGUAUGAUUGUGAUGUAAUAUUUCUUGUUCAAUACUUAGGGAAUCAAAGGGGAGCAGGGCUUUCAUGGGAAAGAUGGAAUAAAUGGAACAAAGGACAGUCGAUGAUUUUUCCUAAGAAACCUUAGUACGAGUUCUCUCUCUUUUUUUUUUUUUUUUUUUUUAAAUAACACUCAAAGUUAACUUAUCUGCCAAACGACAAAAAAGCGUAAAAAAAAUUUUUAAAAAAUUGAGAAAGAAGGAAAAAAGCAGUUCCUUAGUUGGGGGAACUCAUUAGGCGUUCCACAAAAAAAAAACCAACUGAAAAAUGGCAAAAGAAAAAAACAGUCCUCUGGUUAAAGGUUUAGCUAUAAGGUUUGGUAAACCGUGGCCAUUUAAAAGCAUUGUCGUUACUUAGUUGCAAGUAAAAUUCUGUGCCUACUGUCGCACCACUACCAAAGAGUUCUGUGGCCAUCGCUCAAAUAUCUACUAAAUAGAUUUCUACAGUGAACUAAUUUUUUUUUUUUUUAUUCAUGAAUUGAACACUUUGAGUUUCUAUUUUGUCAGGGUCAAAAAGGUGAAACCGGUCCAGCGGGUAAAUCACCACAAGGUGCCAUCAAGUUUGGUGACACCGCUGAAAAAUGUACUAUGCGAACUGCUGGCACCGUUCGUUACAAUGCUUCCCAAAAUGCUUUGCAGCUCUGCGAUGGAAGCGCUUGGUUGCCACUUGUGACUGGAAAGAAAGGUCACGUGGCUAGCAGACCUGGCCGUCACUGUAUGGAGAUCCUAAAAUCAGGUUAAAUCAUGAUUCUUUGAAGUUUCGAAGCUGAUUGAGCUUUGAAAGACAUUAAGAGACCAUCUCAAAUAAUAUUAAUGGUCUUUUUUUCAGGUAGCAGUGAUGGUAGCGGACUUUACUGGAUCGAUCCAAACGGAGGUUCGUCAAGUGACUCUUUCCAGGCUUUUUGCGACAUGGAGACUGAUAGUGGAGGUUGGACACUAGUUGCCACGAAGGUGUCCCCAAGCUUCGUCUUCGUCACAACAGUAUUCUCAGCGUCAGCGGCAAAAACCACAGACGCAGAUGCAGCAAGUCACAUUCACCCUGACAUGGGGGACUGGGAGGAGGUCUUGUUCCGGUUUCAUGACCUCAAUACUAUCCGAGUAAUUUAUAACAGGAAGGCAGGCGCUCCAAAUAAGGACAAAACAGACUUUGACAAGUUCUUGAUGGGGACAACUUAUAAUACACACAAGAACAUCCACGGGUUUUACAAGUACAGCCCGGCAGAUCAAAAUAAGAGGAAUCCCUCUUCUGGUUUUGCCACAAUAUCCAAGCUGGUCUUCUAUUCUAGACACGGAAUAUCUGAAACUCACCCUGGCUCAGACAAGUGGAUUGACAUGUGGAAUAGUGCUGACGGCUCAAACAACUACGUCACUUCCGACGACAGCCGCGCGCGUGGUACCAAGUGUAUCGCAGGCUACUGUUAUCUGAACAAACCAAUCUGGGUGAUGGUGCGAUAG